CAGGAAUAAAUGAUUUUUUCAAAGAAUAAGACACCAAGAUGAGAGAAGAUCCAAGAUACCGAGAUGGGGAUCGAAGAAGUAGGCCCAGAAAGGAAUUAGAUGCCCAUAGCCAAGAACACAGGAAGGAGCAUCACAAAAACUCUUUCAAGAAUCAACCGUAUCCAGAUCAAAAAAGAGAAAUUUACAGAGAAGACGCUGGCAAAGAACAUAGACACAAAGAUACCACCAGAGGCCAAGAAAGGAGGCAUAGACUUGAUGAUCCUGUCAGAAAAAAUAACACUGCUACUGAGAAUCAGAAACGGAACAAACCAAGGUCUGACAAAAAUUACCAACCUGAAGAGUAUACAGAUAACUCUUACAAGAUGAGACCAGAGCACCAUCCUACAAGUUACAUAGAGAAGUCAGACAUAGAUUCUCGACCGUCAAGAAGUAGUAUGGAGGAUUUAUCCAAGUCUAGAGUGUAUAGUAACCAACCAGCUUACCACAGAUAUGCCUAUGAUGAAACACCUACAGAAACCUAUGUACAGACAAACCAGAGGCCUUCUUCUGUGGAAAGGGAAUACUAUGAACCUGAGCCAUUAAGAGGAAUAUUGGAGUGCAAUAGAUGCAGAUAUCUCUGUACUGGAAGAGCAAUGUGUCAAAUGGUGGAAGUCCUGCUGAACAUGCUGAUUUUGGUCUGUGCUUCAGUAUCAUAUAAUACAACAGAAGGCUACACUGGUAUAACUAAUCUGGGUGGCAUCUACUACUACCAGUUUGGAGGGGCCUACAGUGGCUUUAGUGGUGCAGAUGGGCAGAAAGCUCAGGAGCUGGACAGAGCAUUUUAUCAAUUAAAGUUACCGACUGUAUCUGCCACCAUGGCUUUUGGAGGUGCUUUAAUGGGUUUUGCUUGUUUGAUGGUCUUACUUGGCGUGUUAGGUGUACCCUGGUAUUUCCCCCCUAGUCUAAUUAUAGAAUGUGUUUUUGAUGUUGUUAUUGCAUUGGGUUACAUACCAGCUAUAGCAUUUUACUUCAUUUAUCUGUUGGAUGCAUACAGUUCACAGACUUGUAAAGAUCGAGAGACCCUAUACAGCAGCAAAGGCUAUCAGGGUUUUUCUUGUGCUCUUCAUGGAGCAGAUAUCGCUGCUGGACUGAUGGGGUGUGUAGCAGUUUUAGUGUAUAUACUUGGUGCAAUCCUGGCUAUUCUAGCCUUUCGUAAGCUGCAGAAGCUGAAAAAGAGGCCCAAUAUACAGGAAUAUGAAUUUUAGAAGUGUUCUUUGAACAGGGUGUAAUCUGAAUAAUUCUUAACAUGGUUUAAAAUUUUUACUAAACAUUUACAUAACUGUGAUAUAAAUGCUAUUUUUUAAAAGUCCUUUUGAACUAAAAAUUGUAUCACUUCUUGUGUGACCAUUAGGCUUUCCUUUCUCUGCUUGCUUCAUUAGUCCAUUCAUCCUGCUGAGGUGGGAGCCAAGCAGUGAAGAGUAGAGCCAUCACCUCUGUGGGGCAGGCUGUCUUACUGCUUUAAGACCAUAAAAACCAGUGUGCGUACCUGUGCCAUGGGUAUCAUCAGGGUCAUUUCAAUCACUUAAGUGACAUAACCCCUCAGAGCAACUCCAUCUCUCCUUAAAGCCAGUGCCCCCCAUGGAAUCUCUGUUCUCCUAGCAUGGAUUUUGUAAGGGAACAGAGCAGCUGAACAUGUGCCCCCCCCCCCUAUACACACACACACACACACACACACACACACACACACACACACACACACACACACAGGUGAGUAAAAGCCUGUGUUACUCAUGUUGUCUGCACAUCAGCUACAGUAUAUCCAUGUGGCACAUUUUGAAUACCGGUUGCCAGGGUUGUGGUCAGGGCUUCAUCAUUAUAUGCCAACAAUGUAUGAAAAUGCUGUUUUUAAAGUUAGAUUUCUUGUAUACAUUUUGAUUAAAUAUGCACAGCAAUGUUAUGGAUAGGAAAAGGUGAUGUAUAUUGUAUUUACACUGAAAUGUAUUGCACUGCUUUGGGAUCCAGAACUAAUAACUGAAGAGACUGGGGGAAUAAACUUGUUUCCUUACAAA